ACACACACUCCACCCCCCCAGAGCUGCCUCUGAGCUGGGCUCCACCCCCUCCAGCCCCCAACCGACUCCUCCCAGUGUCGGUGCGGCUCCGGGCCGGGCUUGCGGGAGCCGGGCAGGGGCAACCCGGGGGUGCCAUGCUGGGCAAGGACUACAUGCUGGCCAUCAUCCUCGUCAACUGCGACGAUGAUCUGUGGGGGGACCAGAGCCUGGAGGGGGAGCAGGGCCUGCCCCCCGGCUGGAGGAAGAUCCGCGAUGCCGCUGGCACCUACUACUGGCACGUGCCCACCGGCAGCACCCAGUGGCAGCGCCCAACGUUGGGCCCCGGGGAGCCCGCUCCGCCUAGCACGGGCACCACGGCGGCUGGGGGGCUCCGGCCCCCCAAGGGAAGAUCCUUCUCCAGUCUAGAAGGCUCACUGGACCGGAGGAGUUCCCUAUUCUGGGGCAGGGAUGAAUUAUCCAUUAGCAGCGAGGAGCCUGGGUCUAAGUGCUUCGCUGUGCGCUCUCUGGGCUGGGUGGAGGUACCCGAAGAGGACCUGACCCCAGGGAAGAGCAGCAUCGUGGUCAAUAACUGCAUCCAGCAGCUGGCCCAGAGCCGGGGCCGAGCCCGUCCUCCCACCGGCGCCUGGGCUGAGGACCAGAACAUGGUGAUGAUCUUGAAGAAGGAUACCAUGAGCCUGGUGAACCCACGGGAUCACAGCCUGAUCCACUGCCAGCCCCUGCUGCACAUCCGGGUUUGGGGGGUGGGCUGCACCAAUGGCCGAGACAGGGACUUUGCCUUUGUGGCCAGCGACAAGGACACCUGUAUGCUCAAGUGCCACGUCUUCCACUGCAAUGUGCCCGCCAAAGCCAUUGCCAGUGCCCUCCACGGGCUCUGUGCCCAGAUCCUGGCUGAGCGGGCAGGGGACAACAGUGACCCCGCCUCCUGCUCCCCGGACCCCAUAUCACCCGAAGACCUUCCCCGCCAAGUGGAGAUCCUGGAUGCCAUGAGCCAGGCUGCUCAGCAAUACGAGGCCCUUUAUGUGGGCAGCAUGCCCGUGCCCAAGGCUAUGGGCAUAGACGUGCUGAACGAGGCCAUCGGGGCCCUGACUGCCCAGCACGAGCGGGACACGUGGGUGGCAGCCACGCUCAGUGUCUCUGACUCGCUCAUGAUGGCGAUGCCCGUCCAGGUGGAGCCGGGAGCGGAGGAGGAACCUCUGUGGCAGUGCCCGGUGAGGCACGUGACCUUCAUCGGAGUGGGCCGAGACCCCCACACCUUCGGCCUCAUCGCCGACCUGGGCCGCCAGAGCUUCCAGUGUGCAGCCUUCUGGUGCCAGCCUCACGCCGGGGCCCUGUCCGAAGCCGUGCAGGCCGCCUGCAUGGUGCAGUACCAGAAGUGUCUCGUGGCUUCGGCGGCUCACGGGAAGGCCCGGGGGGCCCAGACCCGGAUGCGGCUGCGCCUCAAACGGACCAGUUCGGUGGACUCUCCCGGCGGCUCCCUCCCGGCCCCCGGCUUGCCCAUUUCCCUCCCCGUCCCGCUCCUCAAAGGCGGGAGCCGGGGGCCGGUCCCCCAGAAGAGGGGCGUCUUUUCCUUCCUGGAAGCCUUCCGGCUCAAACCCUCCCUGCUGCACACUCCUUAGGUCGGAUAGGCAUUAUCCCCGUGGUAGGGGGUUCAGGGGACCCCGGCCCUCCCCCUCAUUCCUUCAGCGUCACCUCCGCCUGUCCUCCCCCCCCCAAAGCUUGCCCUGCCCCAACACUUAUUUAUUAUCUAUUUAUUAUCGACUACUUCCCACUGGGCCUGACCUCACCCUGUGGCCUCAAGACCCACGGCCCCUCCCCGCCCCUCUUCUCCCGGACCCGUCCGGCCCUUCGCUGGACCAGCUGGCUCUACCUCAGCAACUCUUUCUAGCCAAGUCGGCGGCAAAUAAAAUCCCACGGAGA